AUGGCGAAGAAAUCAUUCCGUGUGGUCGUCCUCCCCGGAGAUGGCAUCGGCCCCGAGGUCGUCGCUGAAGCAGUGCGCGUGCUCGAGGUCGUCUCCGCUGCCUCGGGCGACAUCGAGCUCAAGCUCGAGACCCACCAGUUCGGCGGCUGCGCCAUCGACGCGACCGGCGAGCCCCUCCCCGCGUCCACGCUCAAGGCCUGCCAAGAGGCCGAUGCGAUCCUCAUGGGUUCCAUCGGCGGCCCCAAGUGGGGCGUGAACAGCAAGGUGCGCCCCGAGCAGGGCCUUCUCGCCCUCCGCAAAGCCCUCGGCCUCUACGCCAACAUCCGGCCCGCCAACUUCGCGUCCGACUCCCUCCUCGCGAACUCGCCCCUCAAGCCGUCCGUCGCCGAGGGCGUCGACAUCAUCGUCGUCCGCGAGCUCAUCGGCGGCGCGUACUUCGGCGCGCGCAAGGAGCUCGGCGCGGGCGCGGGCCCCGACGUCGACUCCGCCUGGGACACCAUGGUCUACUCCGUGGGCGAGGUGCAGCGGAUCACGCGCGUCGCCGCGCAGAUCGCGAUGCAGGCGAACCCGCCCCUGCCGGUGACGUCGAUCGACAAGGCGAACGUGCUCGCGAGCUCCCGGCUCUGGCGCAAGGUCGUCUCCGAGACCCUCCAGGCCGAGUACCCCCAGCUCCAGCUCGAGCACCAGCUCGUCGACUCGGCCGCGAUGCUCAUCGUCGCGAACCCCAAAAAGCUCAACGGCGUGAUCGUCACGGAGAACCUGUUCGGCGACAUCCUUUCCGACGAGUCCAGCGUCAUUCCUGGAUCACUCGGCCUCCUCCCUUCGGCCUCCCUGGCCGGAGCGCCCUCGGUUUCCGAUGCCCUGUCUCCGGACUUCAAGUCCACUCCCGGUCUCUACGAGCCCAUUCACGGAUCGGCACCCGACAUUACCGGCAAGGGGAUCGCGAACCCCAUUGGCACCAUCCUCAGUGCUGCCAUGCUUCUCCGCUACUCUCUCGGUCUCGAAAAGUACGCACAAGCUAUUGAAACGUCUGUGCGCAAGGCGCUCGACGACAAGCCCUCUGGUGGCUUCGAGCUUCGUACGGCAGAUCUGGGUGGUAGCGUUUCGACAAAGGAGCUGGGCGACAAGGUGGUGGAGAUCCUCAAGGGGCUGUUGUGA